AUGAAGAGCAAGGGGCAUAACCGAAAACCCGGAACUCGUAACAAGUUCAUCCGGUACCUCAAAGUUCCUUUCAAAGCUUUGGGGAAAGCCAGGGAUUUUUAUGUUAGAAGUUUGACAAGUUGUGCUUCAAGAAUCGGCCACGGACAUUGCCCCAGUCAUUUCCCGGUGGAAUACUAUGAGUUGCCGAGGAGCUUUUGCGAAAGCUCAUCCCCAAUGCGUAAUGUCAACAAAGAUGAUGAUAUAACAGAGCUUAUUAGGGCCGCAUCUGUUAGGAGCUCCAGUUAUGGAAAUGAAAUGGACAUGUUUUCGCCAAAGCAACUGAGGUUGAAGAUGAGAUCAAGAGGGUUGCCAAAGAACAUGGGCAGAAUUGAUGAAGGCAAGCCUUGUUUAUUCGAAGAUAACGAUGUUGUUUUUGAAUUGAAACGAAAGUGUCGUAUCAAAUCCCAGCAUCAGCAACCUAUGUCCGAAUACAAACGUAAGGUGUGAUUUCAUUUAUAUGUAUAUGUAUGUGUGUAUACAUAAAGAAAAGGCAAAACGUCGGCCAAAUGCUUCCACUACCCAAAAUACUCAAUAAAUUGUACUAGGGUAUCAAAUGCGUGAAAGAACCUUGCAUUUCAUCAGAAAUGAAAAAUCCAGAAUGAAAUUUUCAUCAGCAA